CGCCGCUGAUGUGCCCUCGUCGUGUUGUUUGCCACUUUCGGAAACACGCAAGACUUGGGGUUGCUGGUUGAAGGUCUGUUAUUGAACUUCAUCACCUCUGUUGAUCCGCCACUGCACAGCUUAACUGAGUUGAGCUUCAAUACACAGUUUCUCCAAUGAUGAAGUAUCCACUCCAACCCAUCGUUGCUUUUCUCAUAGUUGCAUUAGUAACGCAUGCUGCUUUAUCUCCUGAGCUUUACUGGAAGUCCAUGCUUCCCACUACUCCCAUGCCUAAAUUUAUCGCAGAUCUCCUCCACCCAGCUGUCAAUGCUGGGUCAAGUGAUAGCACCACCGUCCACAGUGGCCGAGUGGAAUUAGGCACAAGACGUUGCGAUUUUCGGGUUUGUUAUGCUGACUCUGGAUAUGAUACCAAACUCACAGUAACCCCAACACAACUCUCUUCUUCUUGGAAAGGGAUUUGAAGGCAGGUCGGAGAAUGAACUUUCUCUUCACGCUUGCCUCCAACCAAGAAUCCUUCCUGCCUCGUGAAGUCGUGAAAUCUAUUCCAUUUUCCUCAAGCAAGAUGGCUGAGAUAUUGAACAAAUUCGCAGUGAAGCCCGGGUCAGUAAAAGCUGAGGUUAUAAAUAAUACAAUUAAACUUUGUGAGGAGUCAGGGAUUAAAGGAGAAGAGAAGUAUUGUGCCACGUCAUUGGAAUCCAUGGUUGAUUUUAUCGCUUCCAAGCUUGGGAAAAAUGUGGAAGCUUGGUCUACGGAGGGGAAGAAGGAAACAAAGAAGCAAGAGUACACAAUAACUCAGGGAGUGAAGGUGGGAGAGGCCAAAGUCGCAGUGUGCCACAAGCUUAAUUAUGUGUAUGCUGUGUUUUACUGUCACAAAAUAGAGAACACAGUGGCCUAUACGGUGUCGUUGAAGGGGGCUGAUGGGAGCAGAGUGAAAGCUGUGAGUGUAUGUCACAGAGACACGUCACAGUGGAACCCAAAACAUUUGGCCUUCCAAAUGCUGAAAGUGAAACCAGGGAGUGUUCCUAUAUGCCACUUCCUUUUCCAAGACGCUAUUGCGUGGGUUCAAAGAUGAUUUCACAUAUUAGGUGAAUUUCACUGCUGACUCGUUUAAAUAAGAGAGUUUGUAGAUGGUAUGUACUACUUGUGUAUCAUUUAAUUAAGCCUUCUAAUUAUCGUUC